AUAAAUAAAUAUUCAAACAACGAAGACAAUUUGGAAAGGAAUGAUCAUGAUACGAAUAAACGAAGACGAAGACAGGAACGACUACAAUGAGAUAAGAUCGAUGAUGAUGAUUCGUGACGGAAGUUCGAAGCACGACGUCGAUUCAUUGACUUCCGAUUCAUUUGAAAGUCUCUCCGUGAAGGAUUGCAUUUAUCGAGGGGAAGGAAAUGCUAACAUCGUUGUCACUCUAAUGCAUGAGCAGAAAGUAAUCCGAUUCCGGAAAUCGUUACCAAGGGAGACUUUGUCGGACAACAACGACGACGACGACGACGACGAGGACGACGAGAACGAUGGGAACGACGAUGAGAAAAUACGCGUAAAACGAGAAGCGGAAUUCGUGAGGCACGUUGUUUCCGGUUACUUGGGUUCUUACGUACGUGUACCAGAGAUCGUUCGUUACGAUGCAAAGGACGUAACCAAACUUCUCGAAAUUAUUCGACCAUUUCGUUCAGAAAAAAGGAAGUACAAGAAGAAAGUCAAGAUAUAUGCCAUGAAAAUGCCAGAUUAUACUUUUCUUCCAUCGAUGUUCGCCAAACUCGAUCAUGAUUUAUUUAAAAGUAAAUCGACGUUUGCCGUAGAAAUAAAACCUAAACAGGGAUAUCAACGUAAAGAGGAACAACGAUUGCAAAAGUGUCCGUAUUGCCUUGCACAGUAUUACAAGUUUAAUGAGAAAAUGAUCGAUGAUAGAAGCAGUUAUUGCCCGUUCGAUCUUUUCUCAGGGGAUGUCGAACGUAUGAACGGAGCGAUCAAAGGCUUGUUAAGAUCACCUCAAAAUAAUUUGAAGAUCUUCAAGGAUGGAACGAUCGUUUACGAUCAAGAAUUUUCAACGAAUGAUCUUGAAACUGUAUUAAAUGAUUUUUAUCAAACUGCUGAUAUUUCUACAAAAGAAGAUAUCACUGUAAAUUUGUUCAGCAAUUUAAUUUGUGCUAUAUUAUUGCACUCUUAUCCUCAGAGUAAACGUUCAGAGUUAAUGCGAGCUAAAUUUGAACGUAAUAGCUUUUAUCAUAUUUCUGAACGUGACAAUGAAGUUAUUCGUGGCACCAAUGAGAAACUCCUUUCAAAAACAAGAGAACUUUUUUAUCUUUUACAGGAAGAAUGUAAACGUGAAAGUAGUAAUGAUCUACCGAAGGACUGUAUAUUGGAAAGAAUACUUUCAAUGCAAAGAUUACCAUAUGUCGGUACAGAACAUAUCUAUGAUAUCUACGAUAAACAUUCGACAGUGAUAAACGAUGAGAUCAUAUACUCUCAUUUAAUAAAUUCUUCUUGGAAUUAUACGAAAGAAGAACACAAGGAUACCAAUGGAAAUCAUGCUGACAAUUGGCCAAGUACAACUUCUAAAAUUAAAGAGAAUAUUGAGUUAAUUAAAAAUACAGAUCAAUGGAAGGAAAAUAUUUCUUAUUACAACGAUGAGUUAAUAGAUAAAAGUAAUGAUGAUAAUAUCGAAUAUAACAAUGAUAAAAUAUCAAACAACAUAAAUAAUAAAGAUCUAAUAGCAUUACAAAAUUAUCUUUUAUUUUGUACUGCAAGAGAUUGUUCAAUAUUAAUAACUUUUCGACAAUUAAAACCGGAAGCACUGCUGUCCGUUCCACAAGAAUAUGUGAUCAAAAUAUCUGAAGAGCUUUGUUUUCUUACCAGUGUUAAUGUCACCGACUUGGAUCCAAAAAGUAUGCAUAGUAUUAAAAGGCAUCGUCAAAGAGACAUAGAUAUUCUUAAUGCGGUAAUAUCUGUAUUAAAAGAAGAAUUAUCUUUAAAUGAUCAUCAAUGAAUAUUCAAGAUAGAUAUUUAACAAUAGACUCUAAGGUGCAAGGCCGUUCAACAGUUAUGAAUGGCACGGUUGAAAAGUGGGGAAAGUCAGGCAACGUCAGGACCGAAACAAAAGAAGGCGCAGAACAAUGUACCCCUUUUAUUAAGAACGACGUUAACAUUUUUCUUCAGUCUUAUAAUUAAAUAUUGCAAUUUUACAUGAAAAUUUCAUAAAUCAUAUUCUAUUUACGUAUGUAAAUUAUUAUCUUUUUUGAUUUAAAAAAAAACCGUGUCAUAAAAAAAUACACAAUUACUUUGAAUCGUAAAAUAACGUUUAAACGAAUAAUUGACAUAACCUAACGAAUUAUAUUAAAUCAAUGAUAGAGUGAUCGAUCGAUAUUAAUGACAGUGAUAAGACAAAAGAAAAAAAAAAAAAAGAACAAAAUUAUAUAAAAAAAAAAAACAAAAAGAAAAAGAAAAUUCGGACGUAGUGAACGUGAUAAUUCAACAAGAUAUCCUACAUACAUAUGCUCUUAUUAAAGUCACAUUAUUCCAACGGUCGCAUUUAUUCGUAUCUUCAUAUAGAAAGUGGGAACGUGAGAAAGAGGAAAACCUUAAUUACGGAAUUAAUGUCAUCGUCGACAAUCUAUCUCUCUGUUUCAGACAUUCAUACUCACGCCUAUUACACUUUAUUCACGAAUAGAACGGAAACAAAAUUCCUAUUGUGUUUAAAUAAUUUAUCCAUAUAUAUAUAUACAUGUAUAAUCAAAAAGAAAGAAAAAGGAGUAUAAUAAAAAAUUAAAAAAUAAUCAAAGGAUUUUAACAAAAGUAAAUUUUCACAAAAAUUUUUAUCUAAUAUGUAUAUAUAUGUAUAUAUAUGUAUAUUACGAACAGGGCACACGAGACGAAUAGAUACAUUAUUGAACAUAAUCCAAGCUCGUUCAACGAUUGGUCGACGAGCGCAAACAUCGUCUAUCUUCGGCUAUCAUCGGUUCACGGUUCUCUACGAGAGUCGGUGUAUAUGGUUAAAAGAGAAAUAGAGAGAGAAAGAUAAAGAGAAAAGUAGAUGGAUAGAAAGAGAGAGAAAGAAAGAGGAACAGGAUAAAGAGGGCGAUAGAGAGCGCGCCCUUCGAUAGAACCAAAGUAAUAAUAAUAGUAGUAAUAGUAGUGUGUAGUAACACCACCACCACCACCACCACCACCACCACCUCCGCCUCCACCUCCGCCUCCACCACCACUACAAUUACCACUACCACUACCACCACCACACCACCAGCAGUAGCAGCAGCAGCAGCAGCAGCAAUAGCACUGGACUAGCACCAGCACAAGUACCACCACCAGUAAUAAUAGCGAACGACGACGGCGGCAAUAGCAGCAGCAGAAGCAGCAGCAGCAGCAGCCCUUUUCUCCUCCUCCUCCCCACCACUACCUCCACUCGUGAGCCGGAGCUCGAGUUAUUGCGCCCCUCCUUAGCGAGGCCGAAACGCAGGGCGCUCGCUCGUCAGUCGACGUUCGUAAAUGGCUACGUAUCGAUGUCGAGUGCCCGUAGCGAGCUCGUGAAUCGUCCUACGUGAUGACGGCUCGUCACUGAACCUCGGACGGCGAUGGGCACGCAAAAGCCGGUAGAAUGGGCCAAUUCGCUAAUUGCGCGUUUCGAGGAACAG